AAACGAUCAAGAUCUAGCUCGGUUUUUUGGGAAACGUGUGUAAACUCCGAGGUGCGUCGAGGUUACAAAGCUUACAUGACAAAUGUGAUAUUCAAAAAAAAAACUUUUUUCCUUCUUGGCUCUACAGCGUUCAACUUUUGCCCUUGUAUAUUCGAACUCUUUCCUUGAAAUUUUCUUUCUUUUUGUACAUUGAAACAAACCCUUCCUACAUAAACCGAAAAAAAAAAAAAAAAAAAAAAAAAAUUUGUACCAUAGAGAAAUCCAUACCCCGAGCAACCUUCUUCAUUGUGAACAAUCGUCAUGCACACUGUUCAAUGCCCGGCCCUACAUGCUCAUUUGAGAGCUCGCAACUUGGAUCUGGUAGACGAUGAAAGUAAACAUAGAAAAAUCGUGGCCCUCAAACCAUUGAAACGCGGCUCAGUGGCCAUCGAAUCUCAACCGCUGGCGUUUGUCCCAUUGCCAUCCGCACGUGGAGACAUAUGUAACUUCUGCUUUAGACGAGAUACAAGAGCUGCUCCAUUGCAACGAUGUUCGCGAUGUCAAUCUGCUUAUUUCUGUAGUAAACACUGCUUCCAGAAAGCGUGGUUCGCUCAACAUCAAUAUGUAUGCAAAAGCAACCAACAAGGGUCACAGGACGAUCAAGAGCAAGAUAUUAUGGACGAACUUAUGUUAGAACGAGUGCUGUUAACAAUUGCCCGGGCUAAAAAGCAUAUUACACAACUACAGCAUACGUCAGACGAUUUGUCUCAAUGCGCACAGUUAGAAGCGUUUUCAACACUCAUGUCUCACGAAACAAAGCAAUCCAAUGAAUUGUUGGAUCGAUUCAAGCAGAUUGCCACCAAUGUUCUUCAAAAACCACAUAUCAAAUCAUUAGGUGUUGAUCCAGCAGCUCUCUUGAUCUAUCUUUGCCGAUUCCAGUGUAAUAAUUUUGGCAUCACCGACAACCAGCUUUUUCCUAUCGGCGAAGGCACGUACCCAAUAGGCUCAUUAUUCAAUCACUCGUGCCGACCCAAUGCUGUCGCAUUGUAUAAUGGUACUACGCAAAUGAUUCGAUUGAUCGAGGAUGUCAGCCCUGGCGAAGAAAUUACCAUUGCGUAUAUCGAUAUCGCCAAUAGUCGAAGUGAUAGGACUCAAAAGCUAGCGGACAAAUACUUUUUCAAAUGCGAUUGCCCAAGAUGUUCUUCUGACGUGGGCUUUGGUGUGAUUGAUACUCUUUUGGGAGAGUCCUUUGAUCAUGAUAUGGUUGAAGACGAGCCUUCAUUUGUGGAAAAAACCCUUAUGGAAGAAAUUGAGUCUUGGAACGUUCUCGAUAUGACCAAGAAGUACCCUCCAGGCAGUGAAGUGCCUAUGACGCCAGGAAAUCUGUUGGAUGUACCUAGAUAUGUUCAUUACAUGGGAACCUUCAUGUUUCCAAGUCUAUACUGGAUCCAGCGAUCGGGUAAAGUUGAAGUGUUUGAUACACCCCAGCCCAAGAAUGUUUAUGAGAAUCUACUUCUCCAGGCAGCAGUAUCGGUACUGCAUUUCCCGGUUGAAAAGACAUCCGAAAGCAAUGAAAUAUUCAAACCAUAUUCCCUCAAGACCCUCAGUACUGCUACAAGAUGCCUUAAUGUACAAAUGAUGAAAAAUCGCUGGCCGCAAUCGUCCCGACUUUGCAUGUUCAUAUUAGUACAAUACUUGUUCAUCUACCCAAGAUAUCACCCCAUUUUAGCUAUCCACCUUGUUUUGGUCGCCAAGGCUGCUUGGAACGCAUUGGUCCAACUCGAAUUAACUGGAAUCAAUCGAAAGCUGGAGAAGGAAUUUCAACGAGGUGUGCAGCGAUGGAUCAAAUUAGCCAAAGACACCGUUAGCAGCAAUUUCGGGGAGCAAAACGAGCACUGGAGAGAGAUAAUUGAAUUGGAAUGGAUUUUCAAUCGCGAUCAAAAAUUGAAAUAAUUACUUCCUGCCCUCUUAAUUAGCACUACUUUUCUCUUCUCUCCUUCAGUAUAUUUACUGACUGACUUUACUGUCGUCGUUGAUCGAAUAGAUAGCUUUUCCCGGCUUGACAAGUGUAUUUAUUGUUCCUGCCUUUACAUAAAAAAAAUUGUCAUUCAAAUUUC